AUGGACGAAGAUGCUGGAACAUAUUUCUGCGUUAGAGUGAAGGAUAAUGUUGUAGAUUUUGGAACCGGGACGCUUCUGCUCUUUUCAGGGGAAACAUCUCAGAUGCGUACUCUGACUGAAAUGGACGUGAAAAGCGGAAAAUCGGUUACACUCCAGUGUUCAGUUCAGACUUUGCACUGUUCAGAAGAUCAUAGUGUGUACUGGUUCAGACACGAAUCAGGAGAAUCUGAUCCAGGAAUCAUCUUCACUCAUGGAAACAGGAGUGAUCAGUGUAAGAAAAGCUCUGAGACUGUUUCUCCUACACAGAGCUGUAUCUACAAACUCCCCAAGAACAACCUCAGCCUCUCUGAUGCUGGAACUUACUACUGUGCUGUUGCUGCAUGUGGAGAGAUACUGUUUGGAAAUGGAACUAAACUCCAUGUUAAAGAGAGUAAUGUUUGGAUUGUUGCUGCCCUGUCAUUGUUCAGUGUGAUAUCUGUUAUUGUGAUUGUGGUUCUUGCUGUUCUGCUUCUUAAGAAACAACAGAAAGGUUCUUUCAGUGAUCAUCCCGUCCAUACCAAUCAGGCUGAAGACACAGACGCUGUGAACUAUGCUGCUCUGAAUUUUGCUAAGAAGCCACCUCCUUCUAGAACACCCAGAGUCAAACAAACUCAAGAUAUUUAUUCCCAGGUCAGAGUGCGAUAGCUUUAUUGUAUUAUUUAAAUAUGUCAAAUUAUGCUACAAACGCACAGUUCCUAAUCAGAAAGAUGUGGUAGAUAAUGUAACUGUGAUGAUACUCUGUAAGUAUAAUUAUAGUUUUUUUUAAUGCAUGUCUAACCUUAAAAUAUAUAUUUUAGAUCAUUUUUAAACAGGUGUUUAGUGAAAGAAAAUGAAAGAUGUGUGUAAAUAAAUGUAAUGACAGAUAAUAAAUGUUUUG